AUGCCAGCCACAACGAUACGAGAGGUGGCCCUCCUCCGUGAGUUGAAGCAUGAGAACAUAGUGCGUCUCCUUGAAGUCCUCAUCCCACCUUCGAAGGCUGUACACUUGGUUUUCGAGUACAUGGCCAUGGACCUGAGGGCACUCUUCGAUCCUCAUGGCAAGAACAGGACCUUUGAUGACGCCGUUGUUAAGAAGUACCUCCGUCAGACUGUUGCAGCCAUUAUAUUGUGUCAUCAAAGAAGAGUUCUGCACCGCGGCCUCAAGCCAGCCAACAUGCUUGUCGACGGAAACGGCAACCUAAAGUUUACUGACAUCGGCUUGUUCCGUUCUUUUACGCCACCAGUGGGCAUUUCCACCCACAAAGUGGUCACCCUCUGGUACCGUGCGCUGGAGAUGCUCUUGGGUUCCAGUCGUUACUCGACACCAGUGGACGUGUGGAGAAUCGGGUGCAUCUUCUUCGAGCUGCUGACAGGCAAAACUCUGCUCUGCUGGAAUUCGGAGAUCGACCAGCUGUUCCGAAUCUUCCGCGUCCUUGGUACACCAACAGUACAGAGCUGGCCCGAUGUUAUGCAGCUCAAAAACUACAAGGCGGCCUUUCCCAUAUGGAAAGAGAACAUCGUGGCCACGCUGCUUUCUGGGGUGGAUGUGGGGUUAGAUCUGCUUCUGAAGAUGCUUAUCUACAGCCUUGAUGAGAGGAUCUAG